CCUGCAGCAUUGGGGAUGCGAAACUAUGCGAUAUUCUUGAAUCGAGUAGCAGGUUAUGCUUGUGUAUGCUUCUGGAAUUGGAAGCGCCAUUGGAUAUCACAGCUUUUAGUUCCAGUCUCACAUGUGGAUUUCUUCCACUUCUGUAGAGCUAUUUCACCAGUACUAAAGUGCCGGCUGGUUCGGCUUUUCUUUGCCAAUGCAGUACUCAGGAUGAAGCCUUGUGAUGGUGGUUAUCCUUAUAAUCGUACUCUUGCUCAUAUUCUUGUCGAAUAUGCAUCUGCUGUGUAUACAUCUGACCUAACAUCACUUUUCACAUGGACCUGUCCAAGGUGCAAAGGUCACACAAAGGGUUUUGAGGUGAUAGAGGUCAUUGUAGAUGUGGAGAACUGUUUACAGGCAUUUGUUGGAGUUGCCCCUGACCCACGAUCCAUAAUCAUUGCAUUUAGAGGCACUCAACAACACAGUGUCUCCAAUUGGAUUGAAGAUCUCUUUUGGAAGCAGCUCGAUGUGACUUAUCCAGGCAUGCCAGAUGCAAUGGUCCAUCAUGGAUUUUAUACUGCAUAUUAUAAUACAACUCUGCGACAUGAGAUCUUGAAAUCUAUUCAAUGGGCAAGGAAAACAUAUGGAAAACUACCCAUAAAUGUUGUGGGUCACUCCAUGGGAGGGGCGUUAGCUUCAUUCUGUGCCCUUGAUCUUUCUGUUAAGUUUGGAUCACAGGAAGUUGAGCUCAUGACUUUUGGACAGCCUCGGAUAGGCAAUCCUGCUUUUGCUGCAUACUUUGGUGCUCAAGUUCCAAGAACAAUCCGCGUGACCCAUCAGAAUGAUAUUGUGCCACAUUUACCACCGUACUAUUAUUACCUAGGUGAAUGGACAUAUCACCACUUUGCUAGAGAGGUUUGGCUUCAUGUGAUCAUAGAUGGAAAUGUGGUUACCAGAAAUGAGACAGUCUGUGAUGAUUCCGGUGAGGACCCAACCUGCAGCAGGUCGGUCUAUGGAAUAAGUGUGGCAGAUCAUCUUGAGUACUAUGGCGUCACACUGCAUUCCGAUUCAAGGGGAACUUGUCAAUUUGUGAUGGGUGCAGCCAACUCAGUAUACAGCUACAUUCGUGAAGUUGAUGGAACCAUCAUCUUGUCAAGAUAUGCGCAAGAACCACAUGCCCUAGAAUCCAUGUGACUUUGUAUGCCACGAAACACACCCCUGUACAGUAUUUUAUUUUCAUUUGUGUACAGCUCAUGAAAUACUGGGCCCUCCCGGAGCUCUCCUGAGGAUAAGCAGAGGCUCACCUUUUAAACGUGCCCCUUUUGCUCAAGUGAGAACUGUACAUGUAAGCUCCAUAACAUUGUAUGCACGCUUCGAUGAUGUACAUAAAAAAAAUAUAUGACAGGCUUAAGUAAUGGAAAUGUUUGAUGGUGCCA